AGAAGACAUAAAGAAAAGAGAAGAAAGGACUGAGGACAAGGAGAGGGGGACAGAGCAGGAGGUGAAGACAUGGCCAGCAAAGGAGGGUCAAUAUAUGUCACCCCAGAGGCCAUCGGCUUCCUGUCGGCGGUGGGCGUCUUCAUCGUGGCGUUGGCCGUCCUCUUCCUCUUCAUCAACAAGAAGCUGUGUUUCUCGCGCGUCGGCGGACUGCCCUGCCUGGAGCAACAUGGCCGCCGGAAGAAAGGACGACUGGGAGUCCGGCAGGGUCUCGUGAACAGCUAUGGCGACGACGAAGACGGUGCCUCCAGCUCCUCUGACAGUGAAGAGGAGGUCCUGAAGCAGUUUGAGAUCUCCGUGUCGCGUUCACAGAGUUUUCGUACGGCGCCGAAGACCGGCGGCGAGCAGCAGCCCCAGCAGACACAGCUGGCUCUGGGCCGACGCCACAAAUUCAGCCGCCUGUCGGACCAGGAGGAGGGCAGCACGGAGCCGUCAGACUGUGAAGAAAUGGAGGCUGAGAGCCGGCAGGGCUUCCAGGACCCGCUCUCCGCAGCAGUGCAAGAGAGCCAGAGGGGGUCUGCGCUGUCUCUGGACAAACCUGCUGGACUCGAGGCACCGGGCGCCAGGGACAGCCCCACCCUGAGCCUGAGCCGACCGGCCGCUGACGGCAGCGAGGGCGCGGAGAAGGCCGCCGAUCUCGACAAAAAUGAUGCCACAGACAGCUCCUCCACCUGGAGCCCAGAGCAAGAGCAGCCUCCCCAGGAUGAGGUCUUGUCUCAGCCGGUCAGCUCUUCCCCUCGACCUCCCAUCUCUAAGUGUGGAGACCUGGUCCUCUCUCUGGAGUACCGUCCCGACACGGAGAAGCUGCUGGUCUCUGUGGUCGCGGCCCGGGACAUCCCCGACAAGGCUCGCAGCGGGAUGGACUCCUGGCAGGUGCACAUGGUCCUGCUUCCCUCCAAGAAGCAACGGCAGAAGACGUCGGUGCAGAAAGGUUCGCUGCCGCACUUCAACGAGACGUUUCGCUUCUCGCGCCUGGAUCCGUCGGAGCUGCACAUGUCGGCCAUCAGGUUCAGGCUGUACGCGCUCGGAGGCAGGAUGUCCCGCGAGCGAAUGAUGGGUGAGAAGAUGCUGCGAUUGGGCGGGCUCGACCCGGACGGGGGGACGAUGGAGACGACGCUGGUUCUGGAGCCUCGCAGCAACCUCAAGGCUGUGGACUCCCAGCUGAGCCUGUCCGCCGUGUCUCAGAGCGACAGCGCCUCGUCCACUCAGUCUCUGACCCACGGCGGCGUCCCCGAGCUGCUGGUGGGUCUCUCCUACAACGCCACCACGGGACGCAUGUCUGUGGAGCUCAUCAAGGGCAGCCACUUCAGAAACCUGGCCAUCAACAGACCGCCAGACACCUACGGCCGGCUGACUCUGUUGAACUCGGUCGGUCAGGAGAUCUCUCGGUGUAAGACGUCGGUGCGUCGCGGCCAGCCCAACCCCGUCUACAAGGAGACGUUCGUCUUCCAGGUGGCGCUGUUCCAGCUGUCUGACGUCACGCUGCUGAUCUCCAUCUACAACCGCCGCAGCAUGAAGCGCAAAGAGAUGGUGGGCUGGAUCGCUUUGGGCCAGAACAGCAGCGGCGAGGAGGAGCAGCUCCACUGGCAGGACAUGAAGGAGAGUCGAGGACAGCAGGUCUGUCGCUGGCACGUCCUGCUGGAGGCGUAACGCGACCAAAAUUUCGUAUUUGUCCUUUUAAGGUGAAAAAGAAGGUUUCGUGGAAUGGAAAGACAGGCUCGGUCUGAUCUGAGAGGGUGAUGCAUGUGGCUUCAGAGGCGGUGCAUUCAAGGACUAAGCUUUCCCACAGCUUCUCCACUCACAUCUGUCCAAAGCUGGACAAACAUCAAGCCUGGCUGGUUAUUUUCUGUCAACAUGAAGGAACAAACUCAUUUGCUUUUGGAGGCUGACACAAGUUUAAAAUUCAGUCCCUUUCCAAACGAAUAAGGAAAUAAAUCAAUGAAAGAAGAACAUUCAGUAAAGGUUACGCAAUAAAAAGGCAUUGAAUUUGAAUUCACUCAAGGUAGAUGAAGAUAAAGCAAUUUUUAUCAAAUAAAACCUUUACAAAUGUGAAGGUUUCAUGUAGAAAUUCACUUUUCCUUCUCAAUAAAAGGCUUCGUAGAACAUCCAUCGGCCUCCAAGAGGAGCUGAGAAUGUGUCCUUCACUUAUAGCGUUUAAUGGUGAAUCAGCUCUGUCGUGAGGCGAGGGAGCUGCAGUUUUGUUUUUCUAGUGAAAUGCUGUGUUAGAAAGUGCACACAAAUUAGAGGUGUGUGUGUGUGUGCGUGUGUGACGUGAUUUCUAACUCUUGCUGUUCUUUUACCGGCUGGCAAAAUCGAUGGAGCCGCACAGCGAGACGCUCGGUUCUGGACUAAUGCAGACAGGAAACAGAGAGCUGAAGAUCUAUUAGCGAAAACACUGCUGUCACAGUGCAGGUUUGUCUCAAACGGAGCACGAGGUUCUGGGAUGUUUGUUCCAUGAUGUGAACGAUGAUGUGAAUUAAUCAAACAAUAAUAAUCAAUCAGUCAAUGUGAACGAAUAACAUUUCCCACAGUCGUCACCUCCUCAUCCUCCUUCAUGAAUGCAUCAUUUAAACAACAAAGCGGGGGUUGGUGGAUGGAGUAAUAGUAAAUUCACCGAAGGAUCAUGUGACCGUAGACUACUGAGCACAGAAACAAACACAUGAAGUAGAAGCGAAGAUGUUUGAUGAUUCAAGUGGAGGAGGAAGACGCCUCAUUCAUAUUCAGCGCUCAUUCAUAUCCUCCUGACACAUGUGCUACUACAGGCAGGAAGUCUCCAGCAGCUGGAGACUCUUAACCCCGCUGAGACGAGAGCACCCCCCCUCCCUUCUGCCUCAUUGACACUGAAUGAUGUUAUUUGGCCUCGGCUCGAUCUCCUUCACAGGGCAAAGCUCAUUUCAACACCCAUCAACGCUGAGCUGAAAAGAGGCUUUAAAUAUCUCGCCGCAGCUGUUAAUAACAUGCAAUGAAUUACCCUGGAAGUGCGUGUUUUUUUCUCGCCACACUCUCUGUGUGGUAAUUGGUAGUUACAGCCGCAGAAUCGUACAGUGCGAUGAUGGUAAUGCCGCCGCUAAUGCUCAUCCUCUUCCAGUCUGAGCAUCAUUGAGUCAUAAGGCAGCGGUUCAGCCCUGAGGGGGGAUUAUAUUUGUUUGUGUAGACAGAUACUGCAGCUCGAAACCCUCAGGGCUUCGCACGCCGAGAGCAGAGAUGUGUUUAUUUGAGCGUUAGCUUUCUAUGGCUGGUUUUCCUCAGGCAGGUGACAACAAAGCCUUUUUAGAAAUGUCGAACCGCAGCCCGGUUUGAAAUCUGUGAAGCCAAAAAAAUGACUGAAAAAUACAAGAUUUUAACGGUGAAAGGAGAUGACGGUUAUAAUUGCUUUUGAAAAGUCAACCGUAACAACUGAGUUAAAGGGUCAGUUCACCCAAAUCACAAAAAGAAACCCCUUUACUGCACACCUGGACAGGCACUGAGCCGUCUGGAGCUUUUUUUGUGGGGAGGGGGUUUUGACAUAGUUGCAGCUGAUACAAUGGACAUGAAAGCACUGAAACAUUAUAUAUGAAACGUCAGCACGGAAACUUGUUUUUCCAGAAAAAAAACAUAAUCCUCAGACCUUAUUUCUUUUUAGACAAAGCUAGAAAAUCUGAUCCAUUAUUUGAUCUUUCUUCUUGUUCUGACGUGCUGUUGAAGCUCUGUGAUACCACACUAAGGGAAAUAUUCAACACUAAAAGCAUGUUUCUAUGGCUGCACCAUAAUCUAGACCUCUUGUGCAUAGUUUUACGCACACGUCUCCAAAACUGUGACAUAUUUGAGAACAUCCUUGGGAUGUUGUGCUGCACAGAAGUGAUUCAGGAUCUGUCACUGCUGUGGUAAAGGUUUGUUUAGGCAGUUAAAACUACUUGGUCCACAUUAAGGAAGCAUCAUGGUGAAAAGAGACCAUGAUGGACAGCUUUUAGGCUGUGAACAGUGAUCUCCAGUCUUGCCUCUUUAGUGACAGCAUUCGUUUUCAGGAGUUGCUCGGCAGGAAAACAUUGGUUGCCAAACGAUGAGUGCUGUAAUCUUUCGAGUGAGGACAGUCAGUACUCGGGCUAAUCUACAGACAGUCUACCAUCUGUAUUGUCCCUUUUGUCGCACAGUGUCAUCAAAGCUACACCCAAGAAGCCAUUUGUGUGGCUGUGCUCUUCCAUCAAGAUAAAAUGUUCUAGAUGUCUCGCUGCGUUUUAUUCACAUUUUCCCAAAUUGGACCUGAAAUAUUUGAUAUUUUUGGAGAGUUGAAGAUCUCCACUAGAAUUUCAAAUAAAGUUUUCUGACUUUGAACAAAGCCUGGACACACAACGUAAGUGUAUACAAGACUAUUCUGGGUAUAGCAGAGAAGGUUGAUGAUGAUAUUCUUGGUGUACUAUAAAUACUAGUCCCAUUUAUUAUGCAAGGAAAAUAGACUUUAUUAAAUUCAAUGAGGAGACACUCUGUCAGAUGUUGAAUUGGCCAAGUACAUAAACCAUAAACAGAAGACAUGCAUGUUUCCAAAUAGCUGGUUUUCACUCAUUCAUCAUCACCAUCGCACACAUCAAACCAUAAAGAAGAAAACUAGUUUGUCUAACUCUGAUGUGUUUGUGACCUUGUGAAACAGAUGCUUGCAUCAGUUCACUUCAGGCUCAUUUGGACAAACGAGUGUCUGUGAACCACAACUAGAACACAAUGAUUUCUGUCACUGACUGAUUCAGGGAAGCUCCCAGCAGUGAAGACUGAAAACAAGGUCUUUAAUUUAAUUAAAUUAAAUGAAUGAUAUGUUGAAAGGCACAAUUAAUGGAUUCACUCUAUAUCUGUUUGAAUGCAGGAAAAAACACGCUGUAAAUGCUGUGUGUCUUGUGUUUUAACUGCAGACAUGUAAUGGCAACUUUUUCAGGUAUAAAUGAAGCAUGGGUGAAGAAUAGGAGUGCUGCAACUAGAUUUUUAUUUAACUUUUAAUAUUAUUUUUGUAUUAGCUGUAAAAACUUCUCAAACACCAAAAUGAUGGAACAUUGACUGAACUGUAGGUGGAGUCAAAGAGCACAAGUUAACUACAGGGGCUCAGUUUAUGCACCGAUUAGCUUCUGUCCUGUUGUUGUUCUUAAAAGUUUUUCUUGGUGGAUUUCUCACUCCAUAUUCUAACCUGAAUGAGUAUCUAACCGCUAUACGUCCAGUAAAUCCAUUUAGCAUCUUGUAAUUUUACCCAAGAUAAAACAAACUGACCCCCCAUUAGGCCCCUCACCCUUAGUUAGCCUUGUUAGCCCAAGACAAGUAACACAAAGGUUAGACCAAGUAAAGAGCAGGCCAGAGCCACUCAUGUUAGCGUAACCUCUGGUAAAGACUAGUAGCAUCCAGAACCCGCUCCAACAUAACCGGUAAACCCACAAAACCACACUGUUAGGUCAUGAUAUGCUAUCCCUGGCUGUUAAAAGGACUACUGGGUUAGUAACAGUGGUAGUAAGCUAGUUAGGAUAAUGCUAACGUUAGCAUCUUGCAUUGGGGCAGAGAGGCAAUUAAUCCCUCACAGUUUUGCUCUUGAAUUUUUAUUUUGGAAAGCAGAAAAAAAUAUUAAGCCCCCCCUUGAAGCUCCUUGGAUACGGAUUACAACUGUAGGUUGCUAAUAUGAUCUGACAGUACCUGUUUGGGCAAGGGGUUUAGCAAACGGUCAGUUUCUUAUUUGGAUUUCAACUUUGGCAGUUAGCUAAAUCGCUAGCUAGCGAGCUAGCUAAUUUGGAGCUAGCGAGCUAACUGCCAAAUUGGUUUAGCUGGCCAGCUAGCUAGGUUUAAAAUUAACUGAAGGGCGGUUUUGUAGAAAAAUGUGUUAGCCAUUUAGCGGCCACAAUAUAUAACAAUGCCAUGGGGCGUGUUAGAACAGAAUUACAUUGUCUAUGUGGUGAAAUAAUAAAAACAUCAGCCCAGAGACAGAAUAUUUGUUUUUAAAAAACACUUUAUUGCACAACUGUGUUCAAACACAUUUUUGUUCACAGCACAUAGUACAAAAACUUUCUAUUUAUUGGUUGUAAUUUUUGUCAACAAGUCAUGUAAAUGCUGGUUUUGACCACAAUACAAUGUUUGGCGAGGCGUACAACCUGCCACAGGAUUUUAUAUCAGCACUCCUAUUCUACAGUCUUCAUACAUGUGAGUGUGUGAAUAGUGACAUGAACUAUAUCUACUGCACAGACUGAUAUAUUUAAAGCAUGUUGAGUUGUUGUACAUAAUCUAUAAUAUCUAUUCUAUAUUUUUUAAGAUAGUAAAUGUUUAAUGUUCUUAAAUAUUUCCCAGGAUUUCUAUGGUAUUUACACGUCUGCAUGCUCAGAUUCCAGGUUGUAUUACAGAUGUGAGACAAUCAGAUUGUGCUGCAGAUGUAAUACAGCUGUAAUACUCUGACAAAGUGCCUGUAACAUUUCGAGAUGAAACAUAUCCACCACGACAAAGGGAUGAUCCAAAUUUGCAUGACACCUUCUCGAUGUUCCCUGUGAAUGCUGCUGUAGGACUGCAUGUGUGGAAGGUGACGACGGGGCAGGCCUGCUAAUGUCAAGGCCAGGACCAGGGCUGGGGUCAAAGUCAGACCACAUUCAGUAAAGUCUACAAUCGGUCUGCAGGGGGAGUCGACACAGACGAAACCAAGAUCAUCUCAAAUUAUAUAAAGAUUAGAAGUUUUAGAUAAGAUUGAUAUCAAUCUGAUGUUGGUCAGGAGCCGGAGUCAGGACAUGGUGAGCCUAGCUUAGCAUAAAGCCUGGAAACAAGGGGAAACAGCUAGCCUGACUCUGUCCAAAGGUAAAAAAAAAAUCACCUACCAGAACUUGCUGGAUCUCAUUUGUUCAACAUGUACACAGACAGAUAUUUAAAAGCAGCAGUUUGUGGUUUUAGAUGAAGUUACCGUGUGUGCUGUAGCUAUUUGCUUGUGAACUUCAGUUUGUCCUUCAGCUCAGUACUCUUAAAACUAGAAACUGUUGUCUUUCCAUCACUGUUUUUGACAUAACAUGUUAAUUAGAGAUCUUUAGAGGAGCUGGUAGGUUUGUUGCAUUAACUUAUGACAGAUCCAGGCUAGUUGUUUAUCUCUGUUGCCAGUGUUUAUGCUAAGCUAGGAUAAUUGCCUCCCGGUUCUAGGUCUGCACUUAUUCUCUCAUCCUCUCAUCUAAUUCUAAUCAGCAUUUCCUAAAUGUGGGACUAUUCCUUUAAAUGUUUUUAACUUUUCUCUCAUAUAAAUAAAAAUUUUAAAAAUGUGAUCUCAGUAACACAAAAGCUACAACAAAGUUCCCUUUCCAUUUUCUGCAAAGCUAGCUCGGUCUUUGGAUCUCCAUUGACAUCAGAGGAGGAACCUGUAGCUGUCCUACGAGUCUGACGCACAGACACUGUAAAGCCUGUGGGGACUGUAGUCCUGCAGACCUGGUCCGGGCCGUGCAUGCUGAGCCCCUGCCGCACCCAGAAAGCACUUUUUGUACCAAGUUUUGUCGUUGCCAAUAAAACCCAGAA